AUGUCCAAAUUUCGUUCACAGCGCAAGAAGAAUGCCCGCCCCAUCGCCUCGGAGGAUCCUUGGAGAGUCGAUGUCCCGUUCGGCCCCCCACCCAUGUCCUCCUCCCCCAGUGGUCGCAUUGGACGCAUCCGCAACACACUCUCGAAACUAUCACCGUCUGCCCGAGCCGAAAAGGAACUCCUGAAAGAGAAGAGCAAGUGCAAGGUGCCUCUGACGGAAAGAAACAUCGACACUCUGGUCACGAGGCAGCUCUUUUCCGAAGCCUGCCAUCCGCAACAACACACCGAGUUGCAGAUAUCCGCCUGGUUGGAGCGACUGGCAUAUUAA